UUAAGAUUUAAUCGGAAUAGUAUAUAAAUCUAAAUGUCCUAGAUCUUAAAAUUGAAUGGUAGACUCGUGGUGGUAGAUAAAAUAAUAUACUACCACAGUUCAAUAAGCAAUUUUCAGUAACGCAGGUAGCAGGAACAUUCCCAUAUUAAAAACUUUGAUGAUCUUGGAUUGUAUACAGAUAACUCUGUUGAUAAAAUAUACAACUCAUGUAAAGAUUCUCUUCAUGAAUUUGUGAAUAUUGACGAACGUAACAUCAGGAUAUCAAUGUGAAACAGUAUUGAUAUGGACAUGUUGGGACACUUCAUUAUCUGUCCAAAUCAUUCCUGGUGAUAUUAACACAUGGUUAUACUUUAGUAUUUAUCAACAUUAUUUUAUGAUUGUUUACCUGUGAGGAAUAUUGGCCGUUAUUCUACCUUUGUUCUGGUGCUAUUGGAAUGUAAUCUAAUUAUAACACCUAGAUGUAAUCAGAUUCAUCUUUUAAAGAAACAUACACUGGAUUGGCAAGAAACAGGCAUUUGGAUAUAAAAUAAGCACCGUGUACAAACCUGCUACCGAAGAGCAUUCACACUGGAACUUGUGCCUACCUAAAUUAAGAUUUACACAAACUUGGUGCACUAAGGUCCUAUUAAGGUUCUAUCACUGGAAGACAUCACUGUUUGUUAAACAUUAUAAAUUAUGCUGUUGUUUCUGUUUGUUAACUGAUGUUGUUAAAGAUACAUUUGUUUUAUUUAUAACUUUAAAAUGACUGGGUGGUAAGAUGAGAGAAGAAGAAUUCGAAACGGCGAUCAAAGUAGUAGUCGUGGGGAAUGGGGCUGUGGGGAAAUCUAGUAUGAUUCAGCGUUAUUGUAAAGGAAUAUUCACAAAGGAUUAUAAGAAAACUAUUGGAGUGGACUUUCUAGAGAGACAAAUAGAAGUUAACACUGAAGAUGUCCGCUUGAUGUUAUGGGACACUGCUGGACAAGAAGAAUUUGAUGCCAUUACAAAGGCUUAUUACAGAGGUGCUCAGGCAUGUGUGUUGGCAUUUUCCACAGUAGACAGAGAUUCUUUUGAGGCUGUUGAAUCAUGGAAGAAAAAGGUUGAAGAUGAAGUAGGAGAGAUUGGUAUGGUCAUUGUACAGAAUAAAAUAGAUCUCAUAGAUGAUGCUGUUGUAGAACCAGAAGAAGCAGAGAAUCUUGCCAAACGAUUACGAUUAAGGUUUUAUAGAACCUCUGUCAAAGACAACUUAAAUGUAGAGGAAGUGUUUAGAUAUUUAUCAGAAAAAUACUUAGAACAGAUAAAUGAAGUUGAAGAGGAGGAAGAAUAUUUGCCAAAAACUAUAGGAACAAGUUUAAUGGACUCUGAACCUAUAAACAAUAGUAAAGAUAACCAUGUGAAAGAAAAGAAUGGUACAAAAAAUAAUAAACAUAAAUACAGAAAUCAUCACGAUGAUGGAGCAAUCAAAUUAGAACCUAGUAAACGACGGACAAAGGGCAAAAAAUCUGUUGUUAAAGAUAAAUGUGUAAUAUUAUAGUCUUUAGUCCAAUGUGAUAUCAUUGUCUGGUAUAAGAUAAUUAGUGCUGUUCCUGACAACAGUAAAUAUCCAACCAUGGAUAUUAAAGAUAUGGAAAGACCUGACCAAUUGACCAAUAGAGAAUACUACUAUAAGACAGUCUGGUUAUGUAACAAUUUUCACAUUAAUCAAGAGAAUCACAGGAAAGCAGAAACAUGUUUUACUGUGUGUGUGUCAGAUGUUUUAAAAAAAAUGAUGAAGAAAACAAAGAAUUUUGUGAUAUUUUGUAUUAUGCAGCUUUUUCUGUCUCUUAGAGUCUUAAUUUUUUACCCCAGAUUUUAAAAUGCAGUAUAAUUUGUAUGUGCAACUUUUGUUAAAACACUAAGAAUGUAUUUUUUAUUUUAUUUUUUUUAUCUUUUUCAAGAACAAUAACUGGGUUGGAUUAUCUCAUUUGAUACACAUGUAUGUGCCAAAUUUUCCAAAUAGAAAAGUGUUGUUUUAUAACAUGAUAAAUGAUAUAAUAUUAUUAUAGAGAAAUUUCACAAUUUGCUCUACAUGUAAAAUAUGAAUACUUUCACACAUGGGAGAUAACUCUGGUAAUUCUUUCACAAAUUUCAUAAGUUUUAGAAAACAAUGGUAAUAAUUAUGAAAGGUUGAUUAGAAAAAUAAUAAUUAUAAGUUAAACAAAACAGUGAACAAAAAAAGAAAACACAGACAUGCAAUAGCAUGUUUAUAAAUGAUAUUAAAUUGCCAAAGUUAUUGUUACCAAAUAUUACUUUCAAGAUUAGAAUUAAGUUUUAAGUAAAGGUUUAAAUUUUGUUUUUGUAAUGCCAGUUAUUUCGUUCAUUAUAUAUAUAUAUGUUUAAAUAAAAAGUACUGAUUAAAAUUUUAUUGGUUUAUACAUAAAUGUGAAGUGAUGGUCAAAAGUGCAUGAUUUAAACAACAAAAAUGCCACUAUUAACCAUGCACAUAGGAAAAAUUGACUGAAGAAGCAAUCUUAGAUAUCCCAUUUGCACAUUUUGUUUAAAAGUUGUUAAACAUGUUAUAUUAGGUGUCAUAUACCUAUUAAUUGGAAAAUCUUGCUUUGAAAUGUUUUUGUAACAAAUAUCCAUAUUGGUGAUUUUGACUUUGUAAUCAAACUAAUAUACACACUUUUUGUCUGCAAUCUGAAUAUGCAAGAAAUCAUUUGUCAGUGUGAACAUAUUAUGUGAAAUGUGAAAUGUAACCCUUUCUUAUAUGAUGUGAAGUAAAACUAGAUUUCCAUACAUUUCAAUUUGUGUAUUGAUUGUAUAAGGUUGUGCAAUAUUUCAAUUCUAUAUUCACAUUUUAUAGGGUAGUUUGAUCAUAAAUUAAUGUGAUUGUGACCUAAAAGUAGUUGUUCUUUCAAGAGUUGUGUAAAUAUUGUAAUACCUUUGAUCUGUAUGAUUUCUCGCUUACUUGCAUUUAGUGUUGACUAAUUCCAUCACACCAGUCCUCUUAUACAUUCAGUUUAACAUCGAACAUAGCCAAAAUGUUAGGUCGAAUUACUUACGGAUUAAGUUUUAUAUGAAAUAUAUUGGUUUAAAAACUCAUAUCAAGUGGAAUAUAUGUUAUUUUUUACCAUUAAAAUCCUCUAAAAUUCUAUAUUAUUCUGAAUAACCAUCAGAAAUGUUUCAAUGAAUUUCAUUUUAUAUUGUAACAAAUUUUAAUUAGAUUUCCACUCAUAAACAAUUAUUCAUGUACAUUUAUUAUCACAAUUACCACUACAAUACAUGUGACAGACCAAACAUUCUCAUGCAGAAAACUGUACUUUGUUGUCUUCACUGCUCCACAUAGAUUCUAAUGACUGAAGGGUUCAAAUCCAUAAAAAGUGGCACUAAAGGGCAAUAAUCCAAACUUUAGCACAACUAUCAAGAUCAUAUGAUUUUUAUUUUUAAGUUGUAGGCCAGAGGCGGAUUAAGGGGGUCAAGAGGGCCCGCCCCCCCCCCCUUUUUUUGAGAAAAAAUUUUGGUUGGAUAUAUAGGAAAUCACUGAAGUGUGACAGGAGCGGGUCCCCUUUUAAGCUGCAAGUGGUUGGCCACUAAUGAAAAUUUCUAGAUCCACCACUGUAAGCUGUUUGUACUUUUUUUAUUUUUAAAGUGGAUCCUGUCCUAUGACUUAACAAACCUAGCUUUGUUUUUUUAAAAGCUUUUCAAUUUCUGCAAGUGUCUGUUAUUUCCUCUUAAUAAUUUGGUACAGUAUUUAAGAUUUUUUUAAACCUUCAAACAAAAGGGUGAAGGGUAUGAUAAUAGCCAAAAUUUUCUUAUUGAGGAAAAUUAUUGAUUUGCUGAAUAUUGACAUUAUCUUUCUUAAACAGUGAUCUAUUCAGUGUAAAUUUCAGGUCAACCAGAUGAAUUCUGUUAAGUCAUAUAAAGGUCUGUUGCAACCCAACUCUUACCUAAAUUUCAGUUUAUUUAAUCAAAAUUAUGUUUUGUAAUUAGUUAAUUUGUGUAUCAAAGCUGCAAAUGUGAGACCUUGAUCUCAUACUAGAAAUCAAAAUCAACUUGUCCAUCUCUACUCCACUGGUCUCAACUAGAAGGAAUAUAAAAUGUGUGGUUUUUCCAUUUUCAUGGUCAAUGCUUCCUAAUCAUCUUUAAUGGUUUUUAUCAAGCAAAACAAUUUACAGCAAUUUAGGGAAAAUCCAAACAGUAACUGAAUUCAUUGGAAGGAUUCCUUGAAAAAGCUUUCAAAGAUAAAAUUUAGGACCACUGAUGGUACUUAUAUCUAGUGUUGGUACUACAAAUGUUUAUGUAUUCUUAUAGUAAGUGAAAAUUAAGAUAAAUAACAAGCAAUCAAACUGGUAUUUGUGAUGUAUGUUUUGUUAAAAAAUGUUUGUUUUCAAGAAUACAACAUACCACAUCUCACAAUCUGUUUGAAAAAGGAUUUAUUAGAUUUAACUGAUGAAGAAAAAAAAAUGUAUAGUUUUAUUUUGACUGGUGCUAUAGCCUGUAGAAUAUUGCAUUUGAUAGAAUUGUUUUAUAUUUUGGUGUAUUUAUCUGUAGACAUGAGUGUUAUGCUAUAUCUUAAUAUGGAAAACAGUAACAAGGGCAUACAAUAGUUUCCUGUUGGAAUAUCAUUUUUAUACCUGCAAGAGGAUGCAUGACUGGAACAUUUUUAUGUACAUGGAAAUUUUAUCCCAAAAAUAUUGUAGGUUUACUACAAUACUAAAAUUGACUUGAUGUUUUAAAUCAGUAAAUUUAAUUUAUUUAAUUAAUAAGGUACGUUGUAUUCUACUUUGAAGUUAAGAUCUGAAAUAGUUGGAGUGAAAUCGUUGGAACCGAAAUUUUUUCUGUUAGAAAAAGAAAACUGUUUGUUUCCUGAAUUGAUAUUUAUUUCGUUUUCAAAAAAGUCUGUGCAUUAACAGUUUAAAGGAGACGAGGUCAUAUGACUUUGAGAUGAUUUAUAAUCUCAUGUACAACAAUGUAUGAAAUGUGAAGUAAUUUUUUUCUGUACACUGUUUGAUCACUUGUUCAGACAGAAAUGGAAUCUGUUGUAUAACAAUACACAUAUCAAAUCUAUUUAUUUUUAAAUUGGGACCAGAAUGUUAUAUAUUCUAUCUUUUUACACAGGGUUUAGUGGAAACAACUGCUGUCUCUAGAUUUUAUAUAAUUUAUAUCAUUUUAAAGUUUUUUACACAAAUGUUUCAUAGUCAUAAGUUUUUAUAUCAUGUAUAGAUCUGUGUCACACUAAUAGAUCUGUUAAUUUUUAUUUGUACUAGAACAGUUACUGUACUUCUAAAGUACAUGUUGAUGAGUGUUUUACAUGUUCAUAUAUACAUUAAAUAAUUUGCAAAAAGAA